AUGUUAAGAUCAUCUUCUACAACAAAAUUGUUGUUAUCAACACUACAACAACAGCAACAACAAGUUCAACCUCGACUAAAUCUACCAAUCUUUCAAAUAUUGAAUCAAAAUCUUAACAGCAGUUGCUAUAAUAUAAAGGGAUAUAGUAGUACUAAUAAUAAUAAUAAUAAUAAUAAUAAUAAUAAUAGCAAUAAUAACGAUAGUAAUACAUCAUCGAAUAUUACAAAAAACAACAACAACAACAACAAUAUUAACAACAGUAAUAGUACAUCAUCAUGGAGAAGCUCUUCUAUAUAUGUUGAUAGUACAACACCGACAGGUAGUGUCAGUGGUGGUGUUGUCAAUAACGUUGUACCGGGCGGUGGCAAAUCAUCGUCGAUCGUCGAUCAUCAGCAGCAACACCAACAGCAGCUACACCAACAGCACAUCAGAAACAAGUUGUUUGGAGAUCAUCGUGUUCGAAGCACCAGUAGAGCAUCGCCACUCUCCAUGUCGAAAGAGAUGAAAACCAAGAUAUUCGAUCAGGAGUCGUUCAUCGGUCGAGACACACCCACUCAAUACCUCUCGGAGACUCGUUCGUUCAAGGUGCUCGAAGUAGACCAAAGCGGUCAGCUCAUCGAUCAAAUCAUCUUUAAGAACAACCUAUCGAUUGAAAUGAAACUGCAGGCACGUGAUCUUCGAACGAUAGACAGUUCAUUCCCACCACAGAUGCCUGCAAUUCUUGCAAGAGACAAAGUUUUCAUCGUAUCGAUCGGUUUUAUAAGAGCAAUAGUACAACACAAUAAAAUUAUAUUCUUUGAUCCACAGAAUCCAUUGAUACGAAACGAAUUGGUGCCAAUCAUGAAAGAAUAUUUGGUCAGUCAGAAUUUGUUUUUCACAGAGACACUGACACUACCGUUUGAAUUCAAAGUACUCGAAUCUAUAUUAGUAUUUAUUUGUAAAAAAUUAACAGCAGAACACCAAAGAAUAUGUACAUCAAUAGCAAAAGAAUUGGAAUCACUCAAUGAGAAUCCAGAACACAAUUUAGAGACACUGUUACUGUAUCACAAGAAAGGUUUGAAUCAGUUUGAGGUAACAUUGAAAGAGAUUAUGGAUGCACUAAGCAGACUGUUAGAGUCUGACGAGGAUAUGGCAUUGAUGUAUCUUUCUUUUAGAAAUAUUACAGGUGGAACAAGAAAGAAAAAUCAACAUGAAGAAUUGGAGAUUUUGUUGGAGAAUUAUAUGAGACAGUUGGAACAGAUAUCAAAUGAAAUCAAUCAACUUAAAGAAACAUUAUCAUCAACUGAAGAAUUCGUUAAUUUUCAACUUGAUACGUAUGUUAUGUUAUGUUAUAAUAUAUUGGUUGGUAAGAGAUAA